UAGGGCGUAUAUACUUGUCGAUUGCGUCAUGGGAGAAAUUCUGCUUUUCCUAGUCGCCACUAAUCGUCGUCAGCUAUGACAGCGGUCGCAUAAGAAUAUCGAAUCGAAGGCAGUGCCGUAGCGGUAUUCGAUAAAGUAACGUUGUCGAGUGUACCGUUGUCUUCUUACAGUUACGUGUAGUUUAGAAUUCUACGGGAGGAGCGAAAGGAAACGAAGGUAAUUUCGGGGCGGCGUCCGCGUCAUUCUCGCGAAACACAAUUUCUUCGCUGCGCACUCGAUGGACUAUUUGAAAAUGGCGCGGGUAAUGAGGGCCGUGGCCCCUGCGUUUGGCGUCGUUUUGUGAUACUGUAAUACAAUUAUCUGGCUUAUCUGCCGUUCAUCUCGUUGGCACGAGAGAGAAAGAGAAAGAAAGUUGUUUACGCGUGCCCGCUACUACGAGUGCGAAUAGCUGGUGUGUGCCCGUUUUCUAUUCGGUUUAAUUUCGAGAAACAAGAAUCUCGGUCGCGGAGAACCAAGCCCUAAUUACUCUCCGCCGGACUCUCUAUAUUGGUCGUCCGUAUCAUUGUUCGCCGCGCUUCUUCUUCGCAUUGGUACGUCGUAUACGGAGGCUGUAUCCGCGUCCUACAGAAUACGUGCGCGCGAUCGUCGCUGUUGCCGUUGCUGUUGCCGUGGUCGUCGCUGCCGUGUCAUUUCGCGACCAGUAAUCACCAGUAUUAUCUCAUCAGUCCAGUAAAGAACAUGCGUAAAGGCCGCCCACUUCCAGUGAUGAUGACACUUUCCAAAUUCAUAUAAAAUCGGAUAUAAAAUAAAGCGGAAAUAUGCCGGAAGAGCAAAAGACUACUGAUGCUCCGACCGAAGCAAUGGCGGAAAAUGGAACCGGUACAAACUCGCCCACCAAGAGCCCGGUUAGCAAAGGAAAAAUGGCUCUUGCCAAAAUUACCCUUCUAGACGGUACUGUACGGGAUUACUACAUCGAUAGAAAGGCGAGAGGCCAAGAACUUCUCGAUAUGAUUUGUCAAAGCAUGAAUUUACUGGAGAAAGAUUAUUUUGGUCUUAUUUACGAAGACAGACACGAUUCUCGCAAUUGGUUGGAUCUUUAUAAGAGAAUUAUAAAAUUUAUAAAAACUGAACCAUGGAAGUUUAAUUUUGAAGUGAAAUUUUACCCACCAGACCCAGCUCAAUUGCAAGAAGAUAUUACGCGUUAUCAACUGUGUCUACAAAUCAGAAACGAUAUUAUUACAGGUCGUCUACUUUGUUCUUUUGUGACACAUGCUCUCUUAGGCUCCUAUCUGGUUCAGUCAGAAAUUGGAGAUUAUGAUCCUGAAGAACAUGGAAGAACAUAUUUGAAAGAUUUUAAGUUUGCACCUAACCAAACGCCUGAAUUAAUCGAGAAAGUGAUGGAUCUCCAUAAAACACAUAAAGGUCAAACACCCGCCGAAGCGGAACUCCAUUAUCUCGAAAAUGCGAAAAAAUUAGCUAUGUAUGGCGUAGAUCUUCAUCCCGCAAAAGAUUCGGAAGGUGUUGAUAUAAUGUUAGGUGUAUGCGCUUCAGGCCUUCUUGUUUAUAGAGAUUGUUUAAGAAUUAAUAGAUUUGCCUGGCCAAAGAUAUUAAAAAUAUCUUACAAAAGACAUAAUUUCUACAUUAAAAUUAGACCAGGUGACUUUGAACAGUUUGAAUCUACAAUUGGAUUCAAAUUGGCAAAUCACAGAGCAGCAAAAAAAUUAUGGAAAGUGUGUGUGGAGCAUCAUACUUUCUUCAGACUUAUGAGUCCAGAGCCUGUGAAGAAAGUGGGAUUAAUUCCAUAUCUGGGAUCUCGUUUUCGAUAUUCUGGAAGAACUCAUUACGAAACGAAGAAAACCCCUAUUGAUAGACAACCUCCGCAAUUCGAGAGGACUUUGAGUGGCCGACGCCUCGCAUCUAGAAGCAUGGAUGCAUUAGGUGGGCCUAAAUCAGUUGAAACAUAUGGUUCCGAACCAAGCAAACGGCAUACUAUGAGCUAUGAGCCUGAGACACUUCCUGAUGAUAUAGAACAUAUAGACCGACGGCCUAGCCCAAUAAAGAAACAAAAAGAGAAGCUUACACGAAAAACCAGUGCUGGAACAACAUCAGCUAGCAGUACCAGUAGCCUUGAAGGAGAAUAUGACGCGGACCGUGAGAGAAAGAAACCGGUCGGAGGAAUAGCUGUCCUACCGCCCGGUAAUCUAUCAAAGAAGAAGAAGGAUAAACAAAAUGAAAAUGAAAAAGAAAAUCACAAUGAUCUGAAUAAUACUGAUCUGAUUAAUGACAUUGAUGACAAAUUAUUGUCUAAAAAAGAAUUGAAAAAGAAGGAUAAAGAAACGCCCCAAAAAAUUAGAGAAAAAAAGGAAAAAGUUAAGAGUCCUGUCGGCGGUUUCCUGUUUGCGAAAAAGGAUAAAGAUAAGAAACAGAAAAAGGGCAAAGAACUCGAUGAAUCUAUAGACAAGAGUGAUGUUGAAUCGAAUCUUUCCAUGUUGGAAAAGCAAGAAAAAGAGAUCGAUAAAGAAACAGAUAUGGAAAAAAAACAGCAUCCUACAAAAUCUUCUCAAUUACCUGGUUACACGAAACCUUACGAUUAUGAAGAAACGGAAGCUUCGCCAACAAAAAAGCCAUUUACCUCGCACGGUUUUACGUACGAAGAUCGACCCGCAUCGCCAGGAAUACAAGAUCACUCAUCACCUACUUCAGCUAGUCGGAAAGCUACAGGAUUGGCAUUUAACUAUGCUCCGGGAGAAGAGAAAAAGGUAGCAGAAUCUGCAGAAAAGAGAAAAACGAAAGAAGCGGACAAGCAAGCAUCAGGGUUAAAGACACCCGGGCUCAAUUAUGUAGAGUCUGCUGCCCUUAAGGAGCAACAAAAGAAUGUUACAAAAGACACUGAUAAGGAUCAAACAGCGAUUUUCAUUGCUGGUGAAUGUCAACAUGAAGAUAGUACCAAUCAAGCUGCAAUAGUGCCGCCAAUAUCAGCAGAAUUUAAACCAGACUAUCACAUUUUGCCUCUUCCCGAUGGUUCGAGAAUCAUCGGAGGUAUGAUUUAUACCAAAGAGGGUAAACUAUUAGAUCAGAGUAAUCUUGGACCAUAUGAUAGCAAAAUAAUAGACGGUAAAGUUUGCGGGAAAGAUGAUAAGCUGCUAAAAAAAGCCGAUUUCGGGCCACACGGAGUUCACAUUAGCAACGGUAUAAUUACCGGGAAAGAUAACAAACCUUUCUAUCAAGAAAUAUUAGGUACAGAUAGAAAUUUAAUAAAGAAUGGUAUUAUUUAUUCUCCCAAUGGUGAAGCAGUAAAACAAUCUUUCCUCGGGCCGAAUCACGCAAUAGUAAAAGAGGGAAAAAUACUCUUGAAGAAUGGCAAACCAGUUGAACACUGUCAAUUAGGUACAGAUGGAACAUAUGUGAAAGAAGGUCUCAUCUUUACAUCUAAUUCCAAACCUAUGACUCAGGGAUCGUAUGAUACAGAUGGAAAGUACAUAGUUGCCGGUAUAGUAUGUAAUGAAGAAGGCAAACCUUUGAUGCAAAUUGCAAUUGUACCUGACAACACAUUUAUCUGCGAUGGUUUAAUUCAUGGACGAGACGGAAAAUUGCUUAAUGCCGGGAAAUUAGGUGUGGAAGGCCAUACUGUUAUAGAGGGAAAAACUUACUCGAAAGACAAUAAAUUGAUCAAGCAUGAAUCUUUUAGUUCUGACGGAUCUAUCAUAAAAGAUGGCAUAAUUUACUCGAAAGAUGGAAAAUUCUUGACUCAAGGAUCUUUGCUACCGAGCGGUGCUCACUUAAAGGAUGGAAAAGUGGUUGGUAAAGAUGGGAAACCUAUUAAGCACGCGUUUUACAAAUCGAAUGGUAGUUUCGUGAAAGACGGUAUGAUAUACGCAGAGAAUGGCAGACUCUUGAAUCAAAUUCCAUUGAUAACUGAUGGUCAUUUUAUCAAAGAGGGAUUAGUGUAUGGUAGAAAUAACAAACCACUAUCCCAAGGUCUUUUUAAGCCCGAUGAUCUUAUAAUUAAAGAAGGUAUAUUGUACAAUGCGGACAAUACAAUAAUGUCAAAUAUUAAUCUCGGCCCUGAAGGAUUGAUAGUGAAGGAUGGCACCGUUCUAGGCAAAGAUGGUAAGCCAGCAAAACAGGAAUCGUUUGGUUCGAAUGGAAGCUAUAUAAAGAAAGGUAUUAUUUAUGCGAAAAACGGAAAGCCACUUAAUCAAGAUUCAUUAGUAUCCGAAGGUGCAGCUAUUAGGGAUGGUAAGAUAUAUAAUAUGGAUGGCAAAUUAGUAAAGUUCUCAUUUUUCAAACCGGAUGGCAGUUACAUCAAAGAUGGUCUUAUUUAUGGCAAUGACAAAAAACCAUUAAACUUGAAUGCAGUUUUGCCAGAGGACAGCUUUAUCGUUAACGGAGUAAUAUUCAAUCAUUCGGGAAAACCUUUGAAUAGAGAAUCAUUUGGAUCUGACGGCUCAUACAUAGCGGGAGGAUUGGUUCACGGAAAAGACGGUAGGAUCGUGUUACAAGGCGUGUUUGGUCCUGACGGUAACACAAUUCGAAACGGUAUUAUCAUAGGUAGAGACAAUAAACCUUUGACACAAGACGAUAAAGGUCCAGACAAUAUAGCGAUUAACAACGGAAAAAUUGUGGAUAACCACGGAAAUCCGAAGAAUUUACCCUCGCUGAUACCUGACGGAUGUUAUAUACAAGACGGAGUAGUCUAUGACAAAAACGGACAAUUGUUGAGACAAGGUGCGUUCAAGCCGGAUGGAUGUUAUAUUCGAGAUGGUCUCGUAUAUGGCUGGGGAGGCCAAUUGCUGAAUGCAGGAUCUGAGUUACCUAAUGAUAGCUACAUCGAAGAAGGUAAAAUAUACGGCAAAGAUGGAAAACCCUUGAAUCAUAUUUCGUUCGGUAUCGAAGGUAGUUUCAUCGAAAACGGCGUUAUUUAUGGAAAGAACAGAAAACUACUCAGUCACGGUACGUUUGGCAAUGAUGGUAGUUAUAUAAAAAACGGUUUACUAUAUGGGCCAAAUGGAAAGCCGUUAAACAGAAGACGGACUAUAAUUACUGUCACAUCCGUUCGUUACGGCUUAGUAUGCGACGAUGAUGGGAAACCACUCAAAUCGGGCAAUUUUGAUAAUGACGGUAACGUAAUCAAAAACGGCAGGAUUUACGAUCACACAGGAGGAUACUUAAAUCAAAAUAUUUACGGUCAUGAUGGUAACUUCAUUAAAGAUGGUUUAAUUUACGGACGUAAUGGAAAGCCUCUUUCUCAGGGAGCCUUGCCACCAGAAAGCAGUUUUAUAAAGAACGGCAAGGUUCUCGACGCGAACGGUCAGCCGCUAACUCAGGAAGCAUUCGGAUCAGAAGGUCUGAAAAUUGUACAAGGAGUCGUGGUAGAUAAAACUGGUAAACCGGUGAAACAAGCAAAUUUCGAUGACGAAGGAAACAUUGUCAAAGAUGGAAUAAUUUGCACGCCUACCGGAAAACCACUCGACAAAUAUUUUAUAACUAUCACGAUGGUGCAUAAAGGACUCGUAUGUGAUAAGAAUGAAAAGCCGAUCGUACGAGCACCUUUCGGAACCGAUGGUGGUUUCGUUAAAGACGGCAAAAUACAUGACAAGUUCGGAAAACUGUAUAAUCAGGAACUCUUUUCUGAGGAUGGAUCGUACGUGAAGGACGGUGUGAUAUAUGGAAACAAUAACCAACCGAUGGAUAGCACGACGAUUCUGAAAGAUUUACAAGAGCCACUAAAGUCUAUUUCCGCGAAAUUGAAAAAGUCUGCAAUUUCGACUACGACACCGACAAUCGUGAAAACGACAACUAAACAAUCGGUAGUCAAGGAUCAGGAAGGUGUGACGCAAAAUAUUCAAGAAAAAAUCGAGGAUCUUACACCAGGUGGCACAGGCCAAGUUACAGUAUCUACUCACGUCAACAAGGCAGAGGCAUCGGAUGAUGGUAGAACUCCAUAUAUGACAGCAACAGCGGUCACUACACGUACUGCCCUGAUGCAUGAAGAUCUUGAAAAGAAUCAAAAAACAAGUCAGGUAGAGGAAAAGACUGUAGCACAUACAACUGCGACCAGUGCAACGAGGCAAGAGCAACGAGUAGUAACGCAAGAAGUUCGAACCACGAGUCACGUGCUUUCUGGCGAACAGCUGUUCUUACGAAGAUUAAGUACAUCGAGUUCAAGCAGCGGAGAUUCAGGCACACCGAUUGAUCUUGAUGAUGACCAACAGGCUUUCUACAAUCAAUAUUAUCAGGGAGAUCCAGCUGUUAUUGCAACUGAGAAGCAUGUUUAUACGGGAGAACCAGAGAGUAAUGUGACGACGACGACGACGGUACCCGUAGUGACAACCGAAGCAAGAAAAGUAGCUCUCGAGAGUGAAGAUGGUAACUAUAGCGCAACAGGAGAAAUAGUCAGUACACAGACUAUAUCCAGUAAAACCCGUACUGUUGAAACUAUCACGUAUAAAACGGAGAAAGAUGGCGUAGUUGAGACACGAGUGGAACAGAAGAUAACGAUACAAUCGGAUGGUGAUCCGAUUGAUCACGAUCGAGCUUUAGCAGAGGCAAUACAAGAAGCCACCGCUAUGAAUCCGGAUAUGACAGUAGAAAAGAUCGAAAUACAGCAACAAACAGCACAGUAAUUAUUUGAAAAUUAAUCGUCACAUACAUAUAAAAGGGCACUCUUGGUCUAUAAAUAGCACGAACGAUUCGUUAAUUUAGAGACUAGGAAAAUAUAUUGGUAUUUAUAAUACAUAUGCACGCAUUGCUGGUUGCAUCAUGAAAAGAAAAAAAAAAAACUAGACUGAAGUAUGCUACCAAAAACGUCGCGAUAAAUCUUUAAAUAUUCUAUGAAGUUAAUAUAAAAUAAAGCAAGGAACAAUAUUAAGCUUUAUAUCUUCUUUCCUUCAGAAGGUCAAAGAAGACUUCUGCUUGUGGCUUGCCCAAUGACUCGAGCUUAAACCCAAUAUAAAAUCGAGUUUGAUAGUUGGAAAUAAUGAAACAUUAAUGAAAUUUUUUUAUUGAAGAGAAUGAUAUCUCGUAUUAUAAACUGUACGGUGUUCAUAUUGAAAUGAUUAAGAAAAUAUAUUUAUAUGCACGAGAGUAUAAAUAAUAUAUAUAUAUAUAUAUAUAUAUAAUAUAUACAUAGCUAUGUAUAUGUAUGUAAACAAAUGGAUAAGCUAUUUAUACAUAGUUAUGGCGAUAAUUAUAGGUAUAAAAGACAGGGUGCCCUGCAACUUAAAGUUUUGAUAAUGAGCAUUUCAUAACAGUAAAAAGAGAAAUUAUUACACAUAACGAUACAGAUAAUAAUCUAUACACGAUGCAACAAUAUUGAAAAUUUUACAGUAAAGUAAAUAUUGAAACAUUUUAAAUUGAAUUAAUAUGUCAUAAUUUUUGUAAUCAACCAAACCUAUUAAAAGCAUGUUUCCCUCUAUCUGAAGUUUCUGUCCUCUAAUUAUAAACUUAUUACUUUCUCCUGUUCAUCUUGUAAUACUAACCCUACUAUAUAUUAGUAAUGUCUAAAUGCAAUAAGAUAAGCUUUUUAAAAAAAUAUAUGUAUAGUUUGACUAUGAAAUUCAUAUUGGCUUUCCAAAAAAAAAAAAAAAAAAAAAAAUAUGUGGAGUUUAUUACAUAAAUAAAUACACACACGUAUUAUAUCACAUUUCACACAUAGAGGAUAAAUUAUUAGAAAUUGUCAUUAAAUGUCGUAUAAAAAAAAAAAUGACAAAAACAUAUAUUGUUUAGUUUUGAAAGAGACAUUCUAUAGUAAACACAAUUUUGUCCUAACAAUAAGUGGUACCACUUCCGAAAUUACAGAAUUAUCUCUGUUUUUUAAAUAAAUCAUAUGUUUUUUUUUUUACAUAAGUUCAUUUUCUUCAUCAUUCCACCUCUAAAAAUAUGAAGAUUAAAAAUCUAUGAGAUAUAUUUCCUAAUUUAUUUUGAUAUGUUGUGACAAAAUGUAUAUCUUGUAAAAUAUUCAUUUUUUCUAAAGACUUUAUUUUAAUACUUUUAUACAUUAAAUAAUAAGCUAAAUUGAUCGAUAUUAAAAAUGUAUAUUUGCAUUUAAGAAAUGAUAUGCAAUUGCAUCUUGCAAAUGCAAUGUUGCAUUUAUAGAAAUAUAAAGAUAUCAAUUAUUUUACUCAAUUUAUAAGAUAUCUUGUAACUUAUAUCACAAUAUAUCACAAUAAAUCAUAAAAUAUCUCAUAAACUCUAGAUUUUUUUAUGAUUCUAUGUUAAUAUUUUUAUAUGCAGAAUGAUGGAGAGACUCGAUUUAUGUAAGAAAAAGCACAUAAUUCUAUUUAUAAGAAAACAAAUGUGACUUUGAAGCAUUGAAUGCGAAAACUUAUGUAUUUGGAACAAAAUCGUGUCGAUUGCAGGAUGUUUGUCUCGAAAUAAAGUAAUUUUUAUUUGAAACAAUUUUUUUAUGAAAUAUAUAUCUUAAGAUUUAUUAGAAGUAGCAUCUUUUAAUGUAUGUAAUUCAACCUGUAUAUAAUAUUGCUAAUUGACAGAAAUAUUUGGAAUUGUCAGUUUUUUAUAUGAGAUAGAGUAAAAAAUAAACCGAACUUUGCAUAUUGUUUUGUAAUAAUAAAUGUUUAAAUAAAUAAAUAAAUGUGACUUGUUCGCAUGCAUACAAGAUGUUAGUAGACAUAUUGAGAAAAGGUUACUAAACGGCAGUCAGUACAACUGUCAAAAGUACUAUCGCACUUUAUAAAACACUGUUACCGACAGCAAUCGAAUUUCAAAGAUGCAUCGUGAGCAGCGCAAAUAAACAUUAAAUUGUAUAUGAAA